AUGAACCUUGAAGCGAACAUGUCCUCACCGGAGGUGGACAUUGAUGUGAACGUAGUGUCAAGCCCGGAACCGAGUCCGCGGCCACUCGAGAGCCCCCAACCGGGGCAGACGGGUAGUGACGAUGAGCAGCGCUCAUCGCCCGACACUCAACACCACCAGCCGCAAACGGUCUAUUCCACACCAUCUCAACAACCACCACAACAAUUAAAACCAACGCACUCACCAACGCAAACACUGCAGCAGCAGCAGCAACUGCACCACCAGCAGCAGAACCACCUGAGUCCGCACGCGGUAACGGCCGGUGGACAUGGUGUGGUGUUGCAGCACCAUUCCGCGAUGGUGGCUGCUGCGGCGGCCGCUGCUGCCCUGCAUCAUCAGGCGGCGGCCGCUGCGGUUCAGGCGGCCGGACAGCACGGUUGCGGUUCCUACCAUUUGUCGCCGGUGGUUGCGGCCCCCGUACCGGCCCCGGUCAACACCGCCAUCAACAGCACCAACAGCUCUAGCAACAGCUUCAACCACAGUCCCGACUCGCGGUUAAGUCCGCCGAAAACGCCGCCGGACAGUCAACACCAACAGCAUCAGCAACACCAUCAUCACCAUCAUCAGCAGCAGCAGCAGCAUCACCAGCAGCAACAUCCCGCACAUCAUCAGCAUCCGCCGCACCAUCCUCACACGCAUAUCAAUCAACUACCGCAUCAGCAAACGCAACAGCAGCAGUCACCGCACCCGGUACAGCCGACGGUCGGCAAAACGUCGACCAAUCCGGGCUACACCAGCUUCUCCAUCUCGAGCAUUCUGAGCCGAACCGAGCCGGUCUCGAAGAAGGGCAUCGGCGUUAUAACGCCCGUACCGUCGCUACCGCUGUCGGCGGCUGCGGCCGCUGCGGCCGCCGCCGCAUCCGUCUCCAACGGCACCGUCAGCCUUGGGUCCAACGGUACGCCGAGCACGCAGGAUGCCGCCAUGUUGUCAAGAUUGGGAUUCAUGUCACAGUGGAGUGCGAUUGCUAAUCGGUAUGCGGCCCUCUGCCCACCCGGCUGGCCCUGGCCACCGACGUCACAUCGGAUGCCUUUCCAUAGCCCCAACAACGACAACUCCACCAAUGCGAUCGAAAACCAAUCACCCUCGCUGACACCGCCACCUUCCCAGCAAUCCAAGUCACCCUCGCCACAUCCCGCCUUUCUCGGGUCGCGCGCUACCGGCUGCGGUGGAACGGGCGGGCUGGUCGGGCUGGGUGGCGCGGGUAAUGGUGGCGGACCGGGUGGUUCCGGUGGCGUUAGCAAUGGUGACGACUGCGAGUCAGAUGAUGACGGGCAGGAGAUCAUCGAGGAGGAUGACGAAAGUGACCGACCAUCCGAUUCGGCCUCACCCAACUCCAACGGCAGUGCAAUGCAGGCGAAGCGAAAGAAGAAAACGCGAACCGUCUUUUCGCGGGCACAGGUGUUCCAGCUCGAGUCCACCUUCGAUCUGAAACGCUAUCUCAGCUCCUCGGAGCGUGCCGGACUGGCCGCGUCGCUGCGUCUUACCGAAACGCAGGUGAAGAUCUGGUUCCAGAACCGGCGGAACAAGUGGAAACGUCAGCUAGCGGCAGAGCUGGAGGCUGCCAACAUGGCGAAUAUGGCGCAUGCUGCGCAGCGUCUGGUGCGAGUCCCGGUACUUUACCACGAAGGUGCUACCGGUGGGUUCGUGCCGCCCCCACCACAUCCCCACUCGCAGCAGCUCUACUACACCACAUCGGCUGGCCGUGCCGGUUCCCCGCCGCGGCCACCCCUGUCGUCGCUGGUGUAAUGGAGGCUGCCGGGAGCCGACGUUGGACAGCUCGGGUAAGUGGUACGGAGUAUCUCCCAUACCACACUAGCCACACCUUCGGACUUCCUUCAUAUGCGUGAACGAUAGAGCAGCAUAACAAAAAACCACACACACAGACUCACACAUGUUCACAACCACAGAUAUACUCGCGAGCAUGAAACACACAUACAAAGGGCACCCAUUCGGUUUCGUGUAGCGGGUUCGGCAUCUUCGACUACUUAACGCGCCUAGGUACAUAUGGAUAAAACGCCCGCGGACCGUAUUGCAAAAAAAAAACCACUGGAAGAAACUAAACUAGAAAAUGAUAUAUCGACCUAAAGUAGUAAAUUAAAUAAGCUUUUUUCCUAUAGUUUGUUUUGUUUUUGGGUUUUUUUUUCGUUCGGGUGGUUAAGAGGGGGCACCAUGCACGCCUACGCUUUUGUUCAUUGUAAGUUUUGACACCGAUGUUAGCGACAGGAGGGCAGGAGCGUAAAAACAAAACAAAAAAAAACAACGUAAACGUCAACAUUCUGAGUGUACAUAGCAGCAAA